AUGCUGGCUGGGGGUAGACAGCUGCCAAUGCGGCUUCGCUCGAGCUUGGCUCUUUCAUCCUUAGUACGUGGAUCCAGGGUUGCGGCACCAUGGAUUCGAUCAACUGCAUCUUCGCGGCGUUUCCAUCGUCCGGCUGGUCUCCGUGAGCAACAGUCAACGGAGCUUCCUAGCUUUCUAGAGGCGUACAAAAAAGCGGUGGAAUUCCCCGCUGCCACACAUGACUUCGAGUCCUUCCUAUCGCAGGCCGAGCCGAACACGGAAGUCGUGCUACAUGGAUACCUUGGUCAUAGAGCCGAUCUUUCUAAGAAGCUCUCAUUUGUACGCCUGACAGAUCCUACAAUGAAACACAGCUUGCAGGUCGUCGCAUUUGCCAAGAACGAAGCCUUCGAGACGCUCAAAUCAUUAAAUGUCCAUAGUCCCGUCGCGGUGCGUGGUAUAGUACAGAAGAAGAAAGGAAAGCCCACCGAUGACGCAAAUAAACCCGCCGAAGAUACAUGGGAACUUGCUCUGGAAGAGAUUCAUCCUCUGAAUGACUUCCCUAAGGAAAUCAUCAUGACUCCCGAGACCGUAUUCGCACCCGAGCACCGGUACCUCCAGCUCCGCUCGGAUGCAGAGUUACGUGAGGCACUGCGAUUCCGAGCUCAGGUACACAAUGCCUGUAAGAAGGAGCUGGAGAGCUGCCAGCCUGGAUUUGUUGAGAUUGAGACUCCGUUGUUGUUUAAGUCGACGCCGGAGGGUGCACGCGAAUUCCUUGUCCCUACUCGCCGCCCCGGACUGGCGUAUGCCUUGCCCCAAAGCCCACAGCAGUAUAAGCAGAUUUUGAUGGCGAGUGGAUUACCGCGUUAUUUCCAGUUUGCGCGCUGCUUCCGUGAUGAAGAUCUUCGGGCUGAUCGUCAACCUGAAUUUACACAGCUUGAUAUGGAAAUGUCGUUUGCAACAGGUGAAGAUGUCAUGCGCACCGUUGAGGGCGUAAUUCGUCGACUCUGGUCAACCUUGAUGAAAGACCCUGCACCCGAAGGUCCCUUCCGCCGUGUCCCAUAUCAAGAAGCCAUGGCGCGCUAUGGAUCUGACAAGCCAGAUACCCGAUACGGCAUGGCGAUCAUCCGACUCGACCAUGUUCUACCUGUCGAUCUCGUGAACAAGAUUUCAGAUCUACAGAAUCCCAUAGUAGAGGCAUUCAAGGUAGAGGGCAACGAGAAUGACCCCGCUGAAACACACCAAUUCAUCACCCAGUUCCUUGACUCCCCCACCGGCGCGACCUACAAUAACAACCCAGAUGGCGGUCCAGGCGUAUUCGUCUACAACGGCAAGCAGCCACUUUGCGGUUUACAACCCUUCGGCUUCGAGGCCGCCGAACAAGUCGAAGAACUCUUAGACCCUGACCACGGAGACCUAAUUAUCCUCCAAGCCCGUCCUCGCGCCCCCUUCUCCGGAGGCUCCACACCAAUCGGCGACCUUCGUCGCGCUUUACACGCCUCCGCCGUGUCAAGAGGCUUCAAGCCUGCGCCUACUGGAUUCGACUUCAUGUGGGUUGUCGAUUUCCCGCUCUUCUCACCUUCAUCCGAUACCGAACCCGGUCAAGGCGGCGCAGCAGGCCUCUCAUCUACUCAUCACCCCUUCACAGCCCCUAAAACAGCUGCAGAUGUAGACCUCCUCCUCACAGACCCGACAAAGGUAGUAGCGGACCACUAUGAUCUAGUCGUGAAUGGGGUUGAGCUCGGCGGUGGAAGCCGUCGUAUUCAUGAUGCUGCUGUGCAGGAAUUCAUCUUCCGUGAUAUUCUUCAGAUGCCCGCGGAGCGAUUAACGGAUUUCUCGCAUCUACUUGAUGCCUUGCGAGCCGGAUGCCCGCCUCAUGCGGGUCUGGCGCUCGGAUUCGAUCGUCUGGUUGCUGUUAUGUUGGGUAAGGAGUCUGUGAGAGAUGUUAUUGCGUUCCCGAAGACGGGUAAGGGUGGUGAUGAUGCGAUGGUAAAGGCGCCUAGUCCUAUGACAGCCCAGGCGCUUGAGACCUAUCAUCUUCAGCUGCGGAAAUAG